GACGCUCACACAUAGACAGCAACAGUAGACAAAGUCAGGAUGUGACAUCAUCCACAGGAAGAGAAGCCAAACAACUUUUUUCUGUCUUUACUCUGUUACUGUUGAGUAAAGCUGGAGCUUCUUGGUCUGAUAAUAGUGGCCGGCAGGGACGCAGAGGAUCCAGAGGAGCUAAAAGGGGAGAGGCAGCUGGAACUGUGCUCCACAGGGGAAUCUAAAAUCUAGGGCUGCGACGCCUCAGACCUCCCUGUCCUUCCCACGUCUUUCCACCACAUUCCAGAUCCUCUACUGAAAGAUUUCAGCCAGAGAGGUCGAGUCUUCUGGGAACAAGAAGCUGGCCUCCUGUGACCUGACUUCACGGCGUGGUCCUCUCUCAGGAAGGUCACAGUUUAUCGAGCCCAAAACAAAAUAUUAUUCCAGAGAAAGUAGUCUCCCUCUUAUCUCAGGGGAAACAACGGAGUCAAUGGCGUUGUGUCUUGGACAAGUAUUCAGCAAAGACAAAACAUUCAGGCCAAAGAAAAGGUUUGAGCCCGGCACUCAGCGCUUUGAACUCUACAAGAAGGCCCAGGCCUCGCUCAAAUCUGGUUUAGACUUGAGGAAGGUGGUCCAGCUUCCAGAGGGUGAGAACAUCAACGACUGGAUUGCAGUACAUGUGGUGGAUUUCUUCAACAGAAUCAACCUGAUCUAUGGCACAAUGAGCGAGUUUUGCACCGAGCGCACAUGUCCCAUAAUGUCUGGGGGUCUGCGGUACGAGUACAGGUGGCAGGACGGUGACGACUACAAGAGACCCACCAAACUGCCUGCACUCAAGUACAUGAAUCUGCUGAUGGACUGGAUAGAAUCCCUCAUCAAUAAUGAGGACAUCUUCCCCACCAGAGUAGGUGUCCCAUUCCCUAAGAACUUCCAGCAGGUGUGCAAGAAGAUCCUGAGCCGUCUCUUCAGAGUGUUUGUCCAUGUUUACAUCCAUCACUUUGACAGCGUCUGCAGCAUGGGUGCAGAAGCCCACAUAAACACCUGCUACAAACACUACUACUACUUCAUCUCAGAGUUCAACCUUAUUGAUCACUCUGAACUGGAGCCCCUGAGGGAGAUGACAGAGAAGAUCUGCAACUAAACAAAACCACAUGGACAAAGAAGUUUAUGUUCUAUCACUAUCUGAGCCUUGGAAGAAAUCUUCAUACACUCAAAACAAUGAGCAGUUUUGUAUAAUGUUUUAUAUAAUGUAUAUACUUUUUAAGCAUUGGGAAGGUCCACUAAUGCACUACAUGUAUUCAGAUGAUGGCAUUGUACAAUAAGGAAGAUGUUUACUUGCAACAGCACUAUGUUUGUGUUAUGACGCCCUUGUUGUAGGACUUUGUGUUGGUUAAUAAUACUACAUCCCUCCUUUAUACACUUUAAUUCCUCCUGUGCAUGAAAGUCUGUGCUUUAUGUUUUGAUAUGCAGUUUUAUAAGUGAGCCUUUGUAUAUUAUUUGAUGUUGGUGUUUUUUUGUUCCUGUUUUUUUUUUUUAUUUCAAAGUGUUCUAAGACAUAAAAAAAUGCAGCCUGAAAAUGAUUAAGGUUUUUGCAUGUUUAUCUAAUGGAAUGCACUGCACUAAAGAUGAUAUGUAGACAAAAGCA